AUGUCACAAUCCAACUCUCACACCGAACCAGCUGGGAAGCGCAAGCGCGAAUUUGCCCUUGGGUUUGCUAUGGCCUCUGAUGCAGAGUCAUCGGAUUAUGUCUCUCCGAUAUGCCUGGAACCUCCGGCGUCCAUGGAGACUUCGCAAUUGGACGAACUAGCGCCUACGCAAGAGGACGACGAAAAUCCACCUGCCGAACCUGGGAUGGGUGACGCAGAGGUCACCAUUACCCGCAAUGCCAUUGAGGCAAUACAAUUACCCAUAGAUGGUGGCUAUGUGAUGUUCGCUAGUCUGCGCCGUAUCAUGGCCAAAACUACCUUGGAAGAUUAUCUUUGUUUCGCAUGUUUGGACGAAGACGAGAUCGACAAUGUACUUCCAAUACUUCAGGGAAACGGGGUUAAUCAUUUCGAUUUAUUCUUAUUUGUGGAUUAUGUGAAUAAGGAUCAGCUGCGUAAAUGGGGGAUAUCUGUGGGGACAUGCGCUCGAAUAAUGGUUCACGCGGUCAUGUUCUAUCAAUUCCACGUUCAGAAGGGGGCAUGA